GGUUGUAAAUUGUAAUAAGUAAUAACCAUUGUUGAUUAUAUAGUGUGUCAAUUGUGGCAGUUAGUUAUUAUUGCUGUGGUUGAAGAACUUCACAAUAGGGUUAUCUUGUGUGAGCAAAUUUUUGAGCUGGAAUAAGAUUUUGGAUACAAUAAUGGGAUGCAUACCCUCAAAGGUAGCAGAAAAUAAGUCUCUGGAUACACAAACAGUGCAAAAUAUGACCAAACUACCCUCAAAAGGAUCACAGCAUAGACCUCACCAUGAAGAUUUUUCUUUUCUUGCUUCUGAAACACCCUUUAGUGUAAGUGAGGUGGAAUCAUUGUAUGAGUUGUUCAAGAAAUUAAGUGCUUCAAUUGUAAAAGAUGGAUUCAUUUCAAAGGAGGAGCUUCACUUUGCUCUUUUUAGGAACAGUAAUAAGAGAAAUCUCUUUGUGGAUAGGAUAUUUGAUCUUUUCGAUGUCAAUCGCAACGAACACAUUGAUUUCGGAGAAUUUAUCCGAUCCUUGAGUGUUUUUCAUCCAAGAACUCCUGAAGCAAUCAAAAUAAGAUAUGCAUUUAAACUCUAUGAUUUGCGUCACACCGGUUACAUCGAGCGUGAAGAGUUGAAGGAAAUGGUGUUGGCGAUUUUGGUUGAAUCUGAUCUGACUCUCUCUGAUGAAGUAGUCGAAACAAUCGUGGACAAGACAUUUGUAGAAGCAGAUUCAAAAGAGGAUGGAAGAAUUGAUCUGGAAGAAUGGAAGGAAUAUGUGGAAAAGAAUCCAUCAUUACUCAAGAACAUGACUCUUCCUUAUCUAAUGGAUGUAACUCUAGCAUUUCCCAAUUUCGUGCUGGAUGCAGAAAAGGAAGAAUCACACUAAAAGCUUCGAAUGCAUAGUAUUGAACCAAAAAAAAAUGUUAUAAUGAAGAUCAUGCUAAAUUGAA